AUGAGAAACCACAGCGUCUCUGAAUUCAUCCUGCUGGGUCUGUCUGCUGACCCCCAACUGCGGACUCUGCUCUUUAUGCUGUUUCUGGUGAUUUAUCUACUGACCCUGAUGGGAAACCUGAUACUGCUGCUGGUGAUCAGAGUUGAUUCCUGCCUCUACAAACCCAUGUACUUUUUUCUGGGCCAGUUGUCCUUCUUGGAUCUCUGCCAUUCCUCUGUCAUUGUGCCCACGCUGCUGGAGAGCCUCCUGUCUGAGAAGAAAACAAUCUCAGUAGGGGGCUGUAUGGCUCAAGUCUUCUUUGUGUUCAGCACUGGGGGCACUGAAUCCUGCCUGCUCACUGUGAUGGCCUAUGACCGAUACGUUGCCAUUUGUUCUCCAUUGCUCUAUGGCCAGGUGAUGAACCAACAGCUGUGUAUAGGGCUAGUAUGGGGCUCAUGGGGGUUGGCUUUUCUGGAUGCUCUCAUCAAUAUUCUUGUAGCUCUCAAUUUAGACUUUUGUGAUGCUCAAAAUAUUUACCACUUUAGCUGUGAGCUGCCCUCUCUGUAUCCUUUAUCUUGCUCUGAUGUGUCUGCAAGUUUUGCCACCCUGCUGUGCUCCAGCCUUCUGCAUUUCUUUGGAAAUUUUCUCCUGAUAUUUGUUUCCUAUGUUCGCAUUUUGUCCACCAUUCUAGCCAUCAGCUCUACCACAGGUAGAAGCAAAGCCUUUUCCACCUGUUCCUCUCACCUUAUUGCAGUGAUCUUUUUUUAUGGUUCUGGGUUUCUCCGUUAUCUCAUGCCUAAUUCGAGAGUCACUGAAGAAUUAGUGUUCUCUUUGCAAUACAGUGUGAUCACUCCCAUGCUGAAUCCCCUCAUCUAUAGCCUGAAGAACCAGGAGGUAAAGGCAGCUGUGAGAAGAAUGUUCAGAAACCAUUCCCUGUGUUUCAAAUAA